AUGGCUUCCUCAAUUGCGCUGCCUCGAAAUAACGGCACCGACAGCCCCAGGACGCCCCAGCCUCAACUGACCCAAAACAAAAGACAUGCUACUCCACAGUACCAUGGGGCCAAAAAGCCAUCCCAGGCGAACUGGUUUGUGAGGCUGUUCAGGUCGAUUUUCCGCUACAGAAAGACGACAUUGACGUUUUUGGCGCUUCUAGUUUUACUCGCUACAGUGUUGCUUCUGCACUUUGACAACUCCUUAGAAUACUCCGUUUCCUUGCCUACGGAUGACCUAGAGAAGAGCAUCUUGGACUCGCUGUGGCUCCACCUUCAGGUGAUUGCUCGUAAGAAGCAUACGUAUACUUCCAAGGCAAACGAUGAGGUUCACGAUUAUCUCGAGGAUGUCGUUAAGAGCUUCGUUGCCAGAAAGGAAUGGGCUGAGCAUGAUAACGACUUGAAUGGAACAAACAAGAUCAUGUACCUGGCAGAGCAGCAGGGUGGCGACUUGGUAACGUACUACGAGAGCAACAACGUACUUGCACGUAUCAACGGUACCAACCCAAACUUGCCUGCCCUCUUGCUUAGUGCUCACUUUGACUCGGUUCCUUCCUCGUAUGGUGUCACUGACGAUGGUAUGGGUAUUUCCUCUCUCUUGGGUGUUCUCGACUACUUGACAUCCAAGAAGGUCGACCAGCCCGAAAGAACCAUCAUCUUCAACUUCAACAACAACGAGGAGUUUGGCUUGUAUGGUGCUAACGCGUUCUUGUUCCACCCUUGGUCUGAACAAACCAAGUACUUCCUCAACUUAGAAGGAACUGGUGCUGGCGGUAAGGCAAUUCUUUUCCGUGGAACGGACUACGGUAUCGUCAAGCACUAUAAUGCCGUUAGAUACCCAUUUGCUUCUUCCAUCUUCCAGGAAGGCUUCAACAACGGCCUCAUCCACAGUGACACAGACUAUACCGUUUACUUACGUAAGGGUGGUCUUAGAGGUCUUGAUGUUGCUUUCUACAAACCUAGAGAUCUUUACCACACUGCAAAGGAUAGCAUCGCCAAUGUCAAUAUCUUGUCUCAAUGGCACAUGUUGUCUACAGCAUUAGACUUCACUAAUGAGUUGGCCUUCCGGUCGAUUGGCUUGGACUCUGAUCCAGAGAGUCAGAAGCAAAAUGCAGGCUACACAUCGUUUUUCAACACAUUCUUCCUUAUCUCAAUUGAUACCGUGGCUGUUCUCAACAUCAUUCUCUUGGUGUUGGUGCCAUUGUUGAGUUUCCCAUUGUUGUUCUUUAUUUUCAGGUACAAGAAGAGCUGGGAUGUGAACUUUGUGAAUGUGAUUAAGUUACCAUUGUCACUUAUCGUGUCCGUUGUUCUCUUGAACUUCAUCACGGAUGUGAUUUUCGUUCCGCUUAAUCCGUUCUUGAUUAACAACUCGAAGGGGGUGUUGAUAUCUACAUUGUUUUCCCUUUUCUUGCUUCUUAACUACGCUGUUUUGAAUGGCUUGAACGCAAUUCUUAAGCCAUUCAAGGGCCAUUUCCACGAUGAGAAGCUUAUCAGUAUAAUUGAGAUUUCUUUCCUUACUUGGAUUGGCUUACUCUAUUCGACUAUCUUGCUUCGCUCCGAGUCCGACCAUUCUGGAGAGUUCCACAUUGGCUUCCUUUUCUUCCUUCAAGCUUUGGCUGCUGUGAUCGGUUUACUCGGCUGGAACUUCAAGAGAGCCCCUAAGUCCGAAAACAACCAGGAAGAGUCUGCACCACUUUUGGGAACAUCGAGUGAACAUCAUGACCAGGAGUAUGAGAACACGCAUCGCAACUAUGGCUCACACGAAGACGAGUCUGUUGAAUCCUCUUCCUUGUCGUUAGGCUCAGGCUUCUCAGAGCAUUGCGAAGAACACGAGACAAAAUCCUUCGGCUACGACUGGCUUAUUCAGUUCCUCAUUGUUGUUCCAUUGUCCUCCUAUAUCAUCUACAAUAACGGCUACCUUGUCUUGGAUGGAAUGGACAAGCUGUUCCAGGAAUCUUUGGCAGCACAGAACCUCGUCUAUGUAUUUGCUCAGGCGUUUGCCGUUUUCUGGGCUGCUCCAUUCUUGCCAUUUAUCUUCAAGCUUAACAGAGUGGUUGUCCUUCUUCUUGCUGUUGCUUUGAUCCAAGGUAUCUUUGUUAUCAACUUCACAAACCCAUUUGACCAGGCAAACCCACUCAAAUUAAGGUUCUUAGAAACUCUUGACUUGAAUGUGACGCCAGCAACCAACUCUGUUCAGGUAUACGGUCGUGAUGACUCCUUUGUUGAGAACAUCUUGCGUGAUAUCCCCUCCGUUAAACAGCAGGGCGCCAAGGUCAGCAUCGAAUCCAUUGGCGACGGAAAUGCUGUCUAUGAAUAUCCAUCCCAAUGGGAACCAAUUAUUGCUCCUGGUGUUAAAGAUGUGCACGACUAUUUGAAGAUUGAUGUGCUCAAGAACUCGUCGUCCGAGACGAGCUCUCCAUUUGGCUUGCUCACAGGAGAGAUCCGCCUUCUUGCACCCAAAAACAGAAACUGUAGAAUUGACUUCAACGUUUCUGAUUCUGUCACCAAAAUCUUCGAUACCAUGUCCAAGCCAAAGCAGUCGCCAGUUAGAACUGCAAUUGUCUACAAAGAAGGCGCCGAGAAGAAUUCUUCCACACCAGGAUACCUCAUAAACGGUAUUCCAGAAGGCUUCUCUAGAGAUUCAGACGGAAACUACUUGUACAAGGAUUUCAACGGUAUCAAGACCAUCCAGUUGAACAAGCUUGACUGGGACAAGGAAUACCACUUGGCUUUCCAAUGGGUGCCUGAUGUCGUUGACUCUAGUGCCGUUGAAGCCUCCAAGGUAACCGUCAAGAAGCUUGGUAUCAAUGUACAAUGCUACUGGAGUGAAACAGGAUAUGUUGCAGACAAGAAGAGUGAAGUUAAAGAGAGGAUUCCCGCAUAUGAUGAGCUUCUUCACUACUCGCCUAACUACGUGAGUUGGGCCAACCGGGAACGUGGCUUGGUUUCUGCGACUAGAUAUGUUGAGAUCUAG